AUGAGGAAGUUCUCCACCCUCUCCUUGUUGAUGGUGGGUAGUUCAGUGAUGGUGAUAGUUAUGACUGUCGUCACCAUUGCUCCCACCAGGAUCAAUGCACAAGCCGCCAAAUACACGACUACUACAGCCAGAUCACCAACCACUUCUGCAGUCACCACAUGGACGUUUAACGUUCUCGGGACGUCAUCCAUCAGCUUCUCGCCACAACUUCACGAUAAAAUCUUACGUCUACAGUUGACUUUCAGAACCCGAAACCCAAAUGGACUGCUUCUACAUCACACGGUGACAGAGUUUGACAAGGAGGUGUUUCCACAGCUUGCUAAUUAUGAAAUGUUUCUGGAGAUUCGCCAGGGCAGUCUGCUAGUUGGAUACAUUCUCAAUCACUAUCAGGACACUUUUCCUAUGGGCAAAGCACUGAAUGAUGACAGAUGGCAUACCUUGGAUUUGACGCUAAACUCAACAAGCGGUGAAAUGAUAAUUAGGCUUGACUCCUAUUCCAAGAUGCAAGUCCUAAAAGCUUAUUUAUGGGGCAAUGCAGGAAAUAUCCUUCAUUGGUCAAAACUCCAUUCAAGGCUCACCUAUGGAGAGGUUACAAACGCAACAUCUCAGAACUACUACUCUUUUAUCGGAUGCUUGAGAGAUCUCAAAUACUCCAGAGACGGUCAGUCCAUGGAAUACAUUCCAAUCCAUUCAGCAGUAGGCGUGUUAGAAGGUUGUAUUGAUCAAUGCCAAGGGAUCAAAAGGUGUGUCAACGGUGGAAAAUGCAUAAACACCUACGCUGACUUUCAUUGUGACUGCUUUGGAACAGACCACGAGGGCGAAUUUUGUGAAAAAGAAGGCCCUACCGUUCUGACUGUCAGCGGCUAUGAAUGGGUUACGUACAAACUGUACGAAAGAGAGGAAGAUCGACUCCUUUCUGACAACAACAGAGUGGCUUUGGAAUUCAAGACUGGAAGGCCGUCGGGAAUACUUCUUUAUGCAGUGGGAGGCAUGCCUUAUCACAACCACAUCACCGCUUCUAUCAACUCCGGCGUGCUGCACGUGUCUGUGGCUUUUGGAGACGACGACCUUGACUUUCCUCUGGGCAUAGGACUUGACUAUGACAGGUGGCAUAAUUUGACCAUUCACCAUCAUGGUAGAACCGUGGAUGUGUAUUUAGAUGGAGACGUAACCAGCAAGACUAUCAACAACAGUAACUACUUCCUCAGUCUUGAUCCAGUAGUGUAUAUUGGUGGCGGUGACAACUUCGUUCUGACAAGAGGGCUACUUGUGACCAGAAACUUCAAUGGCUGCCUGAAAAACAUCUACAUUAAUGACCAGUCAGUCUUGUACAAGCUUUUUGCAAAGCACAAUUCUUGCCAGUACCAUGGAGGAGAGAGGCCAACAUUUGGCUGUAGCCCUGUACGAGACAUACCCAUUUCUUUCCCUAAAGCUGCCUCAGCGCUACAGUGGACAAUUGGUUCAAGGAGCCAAAACCUAACAGUGGAUUUUUCAUUUAGAACAGUGCAGAAGAACAGCAUUUUAUUUUAUGUAGACCUUUUGUCAGUCAAGGAGGGAGGAAGUGGAUAUGAUUAUGGUAUUUUGGAGGUAUGGAUUAGUCAGGGUCAGCCAAUGAUGGUAUUUAUUCCAUCCAUUCGAGAGAAUUCUUCACAUGUAAACAUCACCUUACCCAUUAUUGUGAAUGAUGCAGAGUGGCACAGUAUGCAGGUUAAGCUGGAAGUUAGCAUUGCUCAUCUGAAAGUUGACUCGUUCUCAAGGAGCACUGAGAGAUACAAAAAAAUUUUGGAGCACAGGGGACAAGUGAUUCUUGGUUAUGGAUUGCGCAGAUAUAAAGAGCAUGAGGGAUAUGUUGGAUGCAUGGAAAAAAUCAAAAUCCAGGGUAUCGUUUUGGACCCAAUCACUGUAGUAGAGUCAGAUGAUGCUGUGGGAUUAAAGUUGGAUGGCUGCUACUUGAUAGACUACUGCAACUUAAAUAAUUUCUGUGAGCAUGGCAGUGAGUGCCUUUCUGACUGGGACGGUGUGCAGUGUAACUGUCAAGACAACAGUUAUGAAGGGAAAGCAUGCCACUUUUCCAAAUAUAAAUCAAACUGUGAUGACUACUUCCAAUUUGGACACACAGAAUCUGGCAUCUAUCUCAUUGAUGUAGAUGGCACUGGGCCUUUGGGUCCUGCAUAUGUUAAGUGCGAAAUGUCAGUGAAAAAGGAUGACAAUCUGUUUGGAGCAACAAUAGUAGAUCACAAUUUUGCCUCCAGCACAGCUGUCAGGUCUCCUUUGCUAGAAGACAGGCAGUAUCAUCUUACAUACAGGGAUAUGACUAGAAGCCAGCUAAUUGACCUUGCACGAGCCUCAGCAGCUUGUGAGCAAUAUUUCAAAUAUGAAUGUGAACAGUCACCUAUUCUGCUUGGGAAGAAAACUUGGUUUAAAGCAGUUGGUGGUGAGGUUGUGGACUACCUGGGAGGAGUACAACCUGGGUUCUGUACCUGUCAUUCACAGAACCUUUGUGAAGGACAGAGAUGUUACUGUGACAUUGCAGAUAACAGGAAACACAGGAAAGAUGAGGGAUUCAGCCGCAUUAAAGAACAGCUUCCUAUUUUGGAAAUGACUUUUCUACAGAACCAUCAAGGCUAUGCCAACAUGACUCUUGGACCACUUGUGUGUUGGGGAAAUGAGCUGCAGCCCUUGGACAGUUCCAUCACCCUGACAACUUCAGAAAGUCAUUUGAAGAUUGACACUUGGAAUCAUGGUGAAUUGAGACUGCAGUUUAAAACACAUCAAGACAAUGCUCUCAUUCUCAUGCAGACUUCCAGUAAUUCAGAUACAGGCAACAGGUUCACCAUCAAGAUCAUUUCAAGCAGAGAAGUUGAAUUUUACUUCUUGAUCAAUGGCACUGUAGUAAGGGAAGUUUUUAGAAUGUCUACCUCAUUGAACCAAGGUGAUUGGCACCAGAUAAGUGUUGAUCAUGACCCAUUUGAUGUUCGGCUUGGGCUUGAUAAAGUGCAGAGACUUAUUCGGCUAGACACAUCCAUCAAUGGAGUUGUCGAUUAUGAUGGCAUGCUUUAUGUAGGAGGGCUGCCUUCACAUGUUGCAGGCAGUUUAGGGGAAAACAGACCUGGACUUACUGGCUGUAUCCGAGGGUUUAUGUACAAUGGUAAAGCUGUGGAACUUACACAGUUCAUAGAUGGGAGCACUAGUGGAGUGUCUGCAGACUGUCGAUCAUCUUGCUGGCCCAAUCCUUGUGAAAAUGGAGGCACAUGCAAAGAACAGUGGGGCAACUACACUUGCAUCUGUCAAGAUCCUUGGGCUCAUCAAGGUGUGAACUGUGAGCGCAAUCUCAAUGAUGAUGCAGUGACCUUUGGUGGUGGCCCCAACUCCUACUUGCUUUAUGAUCUCAGCAAGUAUUCUGAUAUUUUGGACAAAACUGUUGUGCUGAGUUUUCGCACACAACAGGCAGAUGCAUUGCUGAUGUAUGCCUAUGACCACCUCUCCAACUUUCUGCAAAUGGAACUGCACCAGGAGAAGACCAUUGUUUUCACCUACAAUAAUUUCCACACCAUUGUCAGGGGAUCAAUUACAGUGCAAGAUAAAUUAAAUGAUGGAGAAUGGAAACAAAUAAUUGCUCAGAAUUACUACAACAAUACAAAACUUAUAUAUGGUGACCAGUCACAAAUAAUAGAGUUCAGAAGAAUGAAGCUCAGGAGCUACUCUGUGGAUCCAUUUAAAGACAGCAUAAAGAAAGAAACUGUUUUUAUCACCAGAACCUAUGAAGAACCACUGCCUUUUAUACGUUUAUAUGUGGGUGGAGUGGACGAUGGGGGAACUUCAACACCUUUCUUGAAAGGCUGCAUUCGUGGCAUGCGUAUGGGAGAUAUUCAGAUAGAACUAGCUCAUGGAAUAGAAGGCAGGGAUAACAUCACAGAUUUAACUCCAUCGUGUGUGGCUGGUUGUAAAGCAAAUACAUGCUUAAAUCAUGGAGAGUGCUUUGAAUAUUGGAAAUAUGGAAACUUCUCAUGUGAUUGCUCAAACAGUGACUUCUCUGGAGUACACUGUGAAAAAGAAGCAUCAGCAUUGCUGAAUGGACUGUCAGUCAUUCAGCACAAAUUUGAGUUGCCUUUGCUAGCUCAGCGUACCACAACAGAGGUUGUGACACUCACCUUCAAAACAAACCUUCCUCUACCAACAAAUGAAAGGGGACAGCGUGUGGAUAUGGCACUCAUUUAUGUCAAGAGCUCUCAGUCUGGUGACUACAUCCUGGCCAGAUUAGAUGCAGCAGGAAACAUCCUGAUGGAGACUAAUCAGGGAGUUGGAUUAUAUCGAAUGAAAAUAUCAGGAAAUUUUGCAAAUGGUGAAUUGCAUCAACUUCUGUAUUCUCGAAAAGGUACAAGCAUGUACUUAACAGUCACACCUCUAGAUUCAAAGGGAAACCAGAUAGUUGACGGAAUCAGAAAAGCACAGUUUGGUUAUCCCCAUUAUGACCUUGACAAGAUUGACACCAUCUUUAUAGGUGGCCUUGUUCCCGAUGAAAAUCAAUUUGAGAACAUUGCUAACUUCACAGGAUGUAUAUCAAAUGCAGUGUUCACUCCUUCACCAAGUCAACACAUAAAGAUUCGUACACUUAAAGAUCUGCAUUUAAAUGAAAAAGAUGUCAGUGUAAUUGGACCAGAAGUGACCAGCUGUUCUGCCACGGCAUGGGCUGACACCUCUACUGCUGACUUAUCCCUGGAUUCUCUCAUUACAACUGAAAAUUAUGAGAAGCUAACAAUGCCUGCAUGGGAUGUUGGACCAGCAGAGGUGGUGACUUUAAGUCCACCAGUUGUGGUUCCACCAACACCAGUAACAACCUCUCACCCUUCCUUAGGGCAUAAUGAAACCAAAGCCCUGAUUACUAUGAGCUCAGGAACAAAUGUUGAUGGUGUAACAGUUGUUGUUGCAGUGUUGGUGAUAGCAGGCAUUCUUCUGCUAGCACUUGUGAUUGUACUGCUUCUGCUGCGCAAGCGAAGGGGACAUUAUGAUCUUAACAAGGAAGAAGACAUAGAGCUUAAGCAGCCUCUCAAUCAUCAUGAUAUAGUCCUUGUACCAUCCAGCCCAGUUCCUCCUGAUCAUCUUGCUAAACUGGAUGAGUUCAGCAUGAUAACAGCUAUUUUAGGUCCAAAAUAUACUACUGAGACUAUUGCACCAAACCACAACAACAGGAAUAGUGGAAGCUUUGGCAAAAUGGAAGACUCCGACUACAUCAACCCCAUUUUCAACAAGAGAAAACAACGGCCAGCAUCAUCUAUUUCAGAAGUUCUUGAAGAGCUGGAGAGAAGACAGCAAGCACAAAAUCUUGACUCUAAGGAGGAAAUUUUGAGGCAACCCCGUGGAGAGGAAAACUCGCAAUGGGAUCCUCAGACUGAUCGCGCUCCUCUAACUUAUGCAGAUAUAACAUUUUUCAACAUUCCUCUUUUGGCACGUAUUGUGGAUGAAAACGAAGAUUCACAUGUUGGUAGCUUCCUGGAGAAAAAUACUGAUGAAAAAGAGAAACCAGAAGACAAUAGCCCGUCGGCUGAUGAAUCUCAUGGCAACUACAAUAGUUUGGUGGAAGGUAAUGGGGACAGUGGCUAUGAGGCAGAGUCUCGCCCUGAAAUCACAGAAGAAGACUCUACACCAGAUGUCAAUGGCGAUGAUGAUGAUGAUGAGGAUGAUGAUGAUGCAGAUGAAUUAAAUGAAUGUGAUGACCUUUCACCUUCAAAGCUGUUAAUUUCUAAUGUUGACAAUCAAGACUCACCCAUAUUAUCUUCUCCUGACACACACAUUUUGAAGGAAAACAGUCAGGAAUCAUAACAUUUAAAAAAAAAAACUCACCCUGGAUCCACCUACACAGUAUUUCAUGUCUUUUUGUGAAACCUAUAGGAAUCAUUGGAACAAGGAUAUUUUGUUGGGAAACAAAAGAUUGUAUCUGUUUUCAUUACAUAAUUUGUGUACUAGCAGUAUUCAGAUUAUGAAUUUUAAAGAUGAACAGGUAUAACAAGAGUAGGGAGGAAGGAGCCCUAAAGUUUGCAUAUUUGAUAUGCUGAGACAUUCUUGGAGUGGUGGAGUGCCGGAGGACCUACAGUGUGCUCUCACAUCACACAAAAAUAAUUGCUGCGUGAUCUUGUUUGCCAAAUGAUUUUUUAAAAACCAAAUUCUGAUGUUUUGUGAAGUAAGUUGUAUUGCGAGUGAUUAAAAGGUACACCUUAAAUACCAAACCUAGCAUGAAUGGAAUUAUAAAAAAAGAAGGGAAAAUGGUAUAAGAAUGAUAGAGACUGCAAGAGAACCAGUGGUUCAUAUGUUAGCAUUCAUUGUUACCCUGGGGUGCCUGGUAUAGUUUGUGAAGUGUCCACUCUUGACAAUUGUUGAACAGCCCUUUAAAUAUCUCUGAAAGGAAAAAGAAGAUUGAAAGAGGGACAGGUGUGCAUGAUUCACAUUCUUCCCUUUGAUCUUCUGUGGUGAAGAUGUCUGCCUGUAAGGUGGAAAAUAAUGGUAUGUAGGUACUCAGAACUGUUGAGGACAAGCUUGCUUUCUUAUUGAAAACCCUCCUGAUUCGUUUCUGUGGACAGCUUUGCUGUUAUUAUGCCACAACAAAUGGUGGUUUAUGUUGUUAUUGAGGCUAACAUUACUGUUAAUAUAUGUUGCACUUGUUGGCCCUUCACUGUAAGAGCCUUACAAUAAUCAAGAGAGAGAGAACUGCCAAACCCUGAUACACGUGAGCUUGCAAUUAUAAUUUCAAGACAAGGGAGCCGGUCCUGAUUAAUGUGACUCUGAUACUUGUGUUUUUCAUUUUCUCCUUGCAGAGAUUCUCACUGACUUUGUGCCAAGAAAAAUAUGUUGAUGUUCAAUGCAUUUAAGAUGGUCACACUUUGGUUCCCUAAUUUAAUUAAUCUAACAAUUUUUCAAAUGAUAACUCUGUUUAUUAAAUUUCAAGUCUGGGACCAAUGGUUGCUGUUGUAAGCUGUAAUUCUCUGCUGCAGCACUGAGAACCUGAAACUGCAAAUGUUUGCAUGACAUUACUUUGAAAGAGCUGAUCCUUUCAAGGGUUAGGCGCUGCUACUAUUUUUACUUUGUAGUACUGUGUUGCUGUUCCAGCCAUAAUAUUUUUUAAAGCAGAUAGUACCAAACCAUGUAUUCUUGCUGUUCAUCACAUUCAUCAAUUAAUUCAUUCCCUCUUGGAAUCAGAACAACUGAGUAUUAGAGGCAGAGUCAGUUGAUGGCGAAGGCAAGGGAGAAAUGGAAACAUCAUCUUAACUGCUUUGAGAAUGUAUCCAAUACAAUAAAUAAUUGUGCAUUGGAUAGAGAAUGCAUCCAAAUACAGUAAUAGAACAUUCAGUGGAUGGAGGAGAAUGUAUCCAGUAUAGUAAUUGAACCUGCAGUAGAUGGACAAUAGUGAUUGUGCAAAUGUGCAUGAAGGUGUGAGUUUGCAAGGAGGCUCGUCCUGUUUGUACUUUCUUGCAUGAUAAUUACCAGCAAAAGCCCUAAACAAAUUUUUUCAUGAUGAUGCAUGUUGAUUCCUGCAUAUAUUUGCAAAAUGAAUUCAGCAUUUUUAUAGCCACACAAAGUAACAAGCACAUUGUAUUAGUUUCAUUAUUUAAAAGGCUAGAAUCAAUGCUGUUGUGGCUUGCAAUUCUUCACUGCUGUUUAUCUUAAACAAUUGCUGUGAUCUGGGAUGUCUCCUUAAAGUUUUAGGAGAAUCCAGUUUUGAGUUUGUAGAGUCAUGUAUACCUUGCAAAUUUUCAGUGCAUGCUAAACUGAAGAAAAUAUAGAUUAGAGUGAAGGCAGUCUUCAUCAAAGAUGAUUGUAUCAUGAUGCAUCUCUAACUUUUAAGAUGGGGUGAGAUUCUGCUUUCCUUGUAAAAAGUUUUAAAUUGUGCUCCUCAAUGUUAGCCCUAUUUUAUAAUUAUUGUUAGGCUUGGAACAAUAUAGGAAUGCAUUGUUUCAUGGUUAUUUAUUGUGUAUUAUAUAAAACAGCAAAACAACUUGCUUGUCUUUUGAAAGUCUUUUCUAUUAUUUAUUAAGCUGGAUCAAAACGUGUAUGUUAAGAUGCUGUUGAAAAAUGCAUGUUGGAAAUGUUUUUAUUCUACCCUUCAGUCCAUGUAAUUCAAGUGGUAGCAAGGUACGUACUGUUUCCUAAUGAUUUAUGCAUAGUGAUACUGCCUUUUCCUCAUAAUUUAUCCUUUUGUAUGCAUUUAGAAUCCACCUUAUUCAUAUUUAACAGUUUUUAGCAAUUGUUUUAUGUUGCUGUCUGUGAUGUGAUGUUGUGAUGUGUCUAUAUACUUUAACUAUUCUUAUUAACCACCAGGAAGAUGUUGAUAUUGGAUGUACAAAGUUUUUAGCUGCUUCCUUAUCUUGCAGUAAUUUUUGCUAUGUGUAAAACUGUUGCUGUAAAACUUAACAAAAUUUUAAAACAUGUCUUUUGGUUUGACUAGUGUGGUGAUAUCUAAUUAUUGUACAAUUGAUGACAAAGAUUCAAAAUACUUUUGAAAACUAUGUAGCUUUGUGGAUAUAUAACUUUUUUUAAAAAUAGGUUUUUGAUAGGAAAGAAUCAUUUUAUAUGUAUCUGAAAACUCUUGUGGUAACCUGAAGUGCAAUCUUGAAACUGGCUUAUGGCAUUUCUUAUGGGGGAGAUUUCAGCGGGAUCCUGUUACUGUGGAAUGUGGUUGAUACAAAAGCCAAGUUUACAUUUCUUGCCUGGAAACUGAUGUUGUGCCUUGAUCCUUAUUUGCACCCUAUUUGUAACUGAACUUAGUAUAGGAGUGGAAGAAUAUGAUAUAGUGCUGCCUCUAAGUUGAUUUUCUUUAGGACUUACUGUAUUCUGUAUAUGCUAAAUUUCAUAAGAGAAAACUUCCUUUUUUAUUUAUGUUUAAAGAGCAUUUUUUCUUAUAUUUAUUGGAUGUUUGUUGGUCGAUCAAAUUUUAUGUUAGUAGUGAGGGAAAGCGGGUUGGGUAUAGAGGGAACAAUAUGUAUAUAGGAGAGAGCAAUAGAAAGAUUUUACGCUCUUAUGUACAUCAGAUGUUGAUAUCAUUUCUUCUCUAAACUUCAUGCUGACAAAUAUCUUAGUUUUACACAAGGCACAGGAGAAAAAUUGGAAUUUAAAAAAAAAAAAUUUGGAAUGGUUUAUUUUGGUAGUACAAAUGAUACUGUCUUUGCUUGCUCGUGUGAAAUAUUGGACUAAUUUGUGGCAUGUUUAAAGCUUUCAGUUGGUACUAAAAUCUGAAAAUAGACAGCAUUGUGUGAGACAUAGUAGAGAAGUAAAUCUGUGCAAGACAUGUGAACAAGCUCUGUGUGUAGCUUAGUAGGCAAUUUCAACAACUAUAAUUGAGCUAUUAGGGCUUUUUUGUGCCAAUCUUUACCUGAUCAUCCUAACUUUAUUUCACUGGUAUAGAUGUUAGUUCCCCAGAAUCCAGGGCAAAAUACAUUUGGUUUAGCUGAGAUUUAUGCACGAUGCCAAGUGCUACCUGAUUUACCUUCUAUACUUAAACAUUUCUUUACAAAUGGCUGUUGGCUUCUUCUAUCUGUAUGAACUGUAUGUGUUCUUGGCUCAUUAACAAAUCAUGGCACACACAACUGUGCUGCUUUGUAUUUUACUGAGCAGUAUGGUCCACUGUAUAUAUUGUUAUGAAUACACUUUUCUUGGAUUUUGAGAAAGAACGUUUUUUGUUAAUGUCCUGCCUUCCCCAUUUUAGUUUUUAAUGCAAAUGAAGCCAGAAUGUCUUUCAAAAACAAAUUGAUUUUAGAACUGCUUUCUACUCUAUUCCCUCUUAAAAAGUGUAAGUUUUUAUGAGAUUUUAUCCCUAAUUAAUUCAAGUCCUAGCUGUGCACCCCACUGAAAGACUAAAACAAAUAAAAUGAAUGAAGCCUUGCUGAGCAUAUCUACAAAACCAUAUGCUUUUCAUAUGUUUGAUGCUUUUUGAUCUGAGAAAAAAUUAAACACUUACUCAUCAGCCUACCAACUAUUAUUCCAUCAAUAGCUCAACCUACGCAACUACUGUUAUUUACACUGCUUAAAUUCCUAAAUUUGAUUUUUUUAAAUGUAGAUCUCUUCUUCAGUCAAAUCAAAGUAUAUUGUAGUUUUACAUGGCUUCACCUGGUAAUUCUUGAUAACUCAUACAAGAUACAUGAAUUGUAUGGCCAAAGAGUAAAGCAGCACAUGUUGUAAAAUGAAAGGCAUUACAUAAUAUGAAAAUUAUUGCAUCAGUAUUCAAACUAAACUGUGCAAGCUUACUCAAUAACCCUGUUCAUGUAAGUUUAGCUCUUUUGACACUGCUGCUGAACAGUCAUUAAGUAAAUCUUAAUUAUUGACCCAUGUUUAUGAACUUUUUUUUAAAUAGGUGGUAGGGGAAAGUUACAUAUUUAUAACAUGCAAAUAUAUUACCAAUAUAAAAUAUUUUUGUCGUGUCAGUAUUUAUGUAGACAGUUUAGACAGAGGUUUGAAAGAGGAAAUAAUGACCUUUUUUUAUAUAUAUCUGAAGCUGUUCAUUAAUCUUCAGUAUUUAGAGCUAAUGGGAAAGUCAAGUCUGGAUACAAAUAAAGCGAGAAUUCUCAAAGUCUGUACAAACAGGUUUGAAAAGUUUACUCCUGUGGUGUUACAGUUUUUGUUAUCAUUUUCUUUUUGUCGUGUAUAUUUUAUAAGUCUCCACAAUUUACUUCUUUCCUUAUCCCCAACUUACAGUAUUCUGUAUUUUGAUUGAUUUUUUUUUUUAAAUGUUUGUCCAUUUACAUCUUGUAGAACAGGCAUAUUUGGUUUGUGAAUAUCAGGGAUGCAAUUAAAGCAGAACUCAUUUGUGGUUGUGCAUAUUUUGUAAGUUAUCUAUGUUUUGCAUCAAGUUAUGUUGAUUAAAGUUGUAAUUUUCAGAAAUUUGCAAAAGGAAUUACUUCUUUUAUACAGUUUAAAUAUAAAAAA